UCCAGAGCCUGGCAGGUUGAGCAUCGACAAAGCGUUCCGUUGGAAGGCUACAUGCAGACAACUUUCCCUGACAAAUUGCUGCAGCAAACAACAACAAACCAACCAACGCAACAGUUCGCAAUGUUAUUAAAUGGAUUAGUUGUUUUUCAAAUGCGAACAUUGAGGGAAGGGAACUGUUUUCAGGUGUGAGUUUUCAUGCGCUUUCCUUGUGUGUGUGCAUCUAAGGUCGAAAGUGCACAAGUGGACAUAAGUGACUGACUUUAGGAAGUCACUCACCAUGGCCUAUCCUCAAGGCUUUCUCUUCCAACCGUCGGUGUCUCUAGCUCUCCAUUCCUGUCCCCCGUUCAGUUCCAGUGUGAUUUUAGGAGGACCAAGGACAGAGGAACUGGGCCGGUCGUCUUCAGGCUCAGCCUUCGCCCCUUACGCGGGAUCACCGGCGUUCAAUGGUUCAUCCCCUGGCUUCAAUUCUCACCUCCAGUAUAGCGGAGAGCAGACCGCGGCACUGAACUCAUUUGUGGGCUCCGCGUACGAUCCCUCGGCGGGUAUCGCUGGCUCUUUAGAGUAUCACCCGUUCGGUGUAGCAUUGGGCUAUCCAUAUGGAGACCCUGCAUACAGGAAAAAUGCUACAAGAGAUGCGACUGCCACUCUCAAAGCGUGGCUCAAUGAACACCGUAAAAACCCCUACCCAACCAAGGGUGAGAAGAUCAUGCUGGCCAUCAUUACUAAGAUGACCCUUACCCAAGUGUCCACCUGGUUCGCCAACGCCAGACGGCGGUUGAAGAAAGAGAAUAAAAUGACGUGGACCCCGAGGAAUAGAAGUGAGGAUGAGGAAGAAGAUGACAACAUUGACCUGGAGAAGAAUGACGACGAAGAAGAGCCACUUAAGCCCACGGCAGAAAUUGGGUCGAAAAAUGAAGCAGUUGGGCAGCAUCCAAAUCCAGUGGGAAUCCCCUGUGAGAAAUACAAAGAAGACAAUAGCGGCAAUGACAUGGAACCUGUCUUAAUUGAUCCGAAUGUAAAGGACCACGGGGACAGGAGAGUGCCCGAGAUGCCACGGCCCACCACCGCAGCAUCUCCCCAAAACGCGGACCUUGGAGUGGAAAGGGAUUCAGACUCCGCAGCCUCGGAAAGUCCACCUCCACUGAGGCGUAAUGACUCAGGCAACUCCAGCAAUGCUACAUCAGUGAUUCACUCGGCCCUUCCGGCCCCGAAACCAAAACUGUGGUCGCUCGCGGAGAUUGCAACUUCUUCGGAUAAAUGUAAAGGGUGUAGUGAUGCCGCUCAGACCGUGCCCAGACAAUUACGUACAGAAAUUCCGGGCGGUAGGCCUAUGUCAUCUCCAUUACGAGACGCUUCUCAGAAUAUUUUCCCUCACAGUGCAGCCCUAUCCAGACAUGUCUAUUAUACGUCUCCCUUUUUCCAGGGUUACUCGAACUAUCAUGGCACUUUUGGACACCUGCAGAACCCCGGAUCCAACAUGGGGUCAGCGACGCAUUUAAAUGGAUUACAUCAAACUAUGUUACACAGAGCCGAGGCUCUGGCAAGAGACAGCCAAGCCAGGAGCCAAACACAGAUAGAUAUUUGUAAAGACUUGAGAUAUGAAAUUAAGAAAGGUAUGACACAUGUCUAGUAGCCUGUGUGACAUUUGGUAAGCUAUAGGCUCUAUAUAGACAUUUUAUUUAUUGUCCAACUGGGAAAAGAAACUAUAUUUUCAGUCGGGGAAAAAAACAUAUUGAGAUGCAAAUGGCACAAUGACAUUGACUAUUCCUGGGAGUCCCUAAAAAGGCAACAAACAAUUAUUUAGGAAUGUGAAUAUUCAAUUAUUACAUUUAGAAUGUUUUAAGGGAUAAUGUGGAGGGAAAAAAAGUGGAUUCCUUUGUCAAACCACGUGGUGAAUAAUUAUUAAUUAAAGAAGACUAGUUUUAUUGUAGUCUUUUUUUAGAAGAAAA